AUGGCAGCUACACUCCCUCCUGAACUGAUCCAGUCCAUUCUUCUUUCCACCGACCCAGACACAUUCUACACUGCUCGCCAGACAUGUCGUUCCUGGCGGAGCGCCGCGUCCAGCGCGUACAUGCUCCGAGAAGCCCUCAAACGGACUCCAACGGCUCUACCUGGACCGUCAUUGAAUAUCAUCUCGGACAAGGAAUGGAACGACCUCUUCAUGCACGUCGCCCACUUGAACCUCAUUGGCAAGCGUGACCGCGUGGCCAAGAAGAUGCUCCGCAGGAAGAGACCCUCCAACUGGUCUUAUUCUACUGUUAGCGGCGUGUCCAGCGAUGGAACACGGUUAGUCUCCCUGAGCGGUCCCCGGGCAUCCAUCUACAACGUCAGCAAGACCCGAGACAUGGAACUCGACUGCUCGCAGUGUCUAUACUCUCUCUGGACGCUCACGAAUCGCGCCAUGGUGGACAACACCACAAGGGGGAUGACCAUGGGUCAGCAUGGGGCCAACAAGUAUCGGAUUGCUGUGUCCACGCACGGUGCGCUUGUUGCCAUUGCCCUGUGCAGGACCAUCCAGAUCUACGACCUGUCCAGCAUGGACACAUCUCCGGUGGAGCACACGCUCGAGGAAAACGAACCGCUGACAUCGGUCGAAUUCGUCGAGAAUGAUUCUCUCCUUCGAGUAUGUACGGUAAAGAACCCGAACAACCCUAACUCUGAGACCAGGGUACGGUAUCUGGGCCAGCCUCUGCCCAGCUGGGGAUCUUUAUCACCUGCGAGACUGGAGACGGGCACGGGCACCAACCUGGAAUACUGGAAAGAAAACAUCCACAUCGUCUACCUGGACUCCGCCGCGCUGGACAGGUCAUUCCGCGACGACAACAAAACGCAUUUCCAGGAAAUGCGACUCCUGCCCCGUUCUUCGUCCAACGUCCCCGGACGGUUCUUUGCCGCGGCCAUCCAGAACACGGACGAGGACCGGUAUUGCAUUGGAUUCGUCCCAGACAGCGAUCGGACCCAGGUCCGCAUUUGGCGACAGCUUCCGUCGCGGAGGGACCGUCAGUCGGACCGCUGGAGCCAUCAUUUCCGCGGUUGCAGCACGUCGUCUUCAGACGACGACGGCAAUGAGGAGGUCGUCGUGGUGGAGCAGAACCGACAGAUGGCCCGUGAACGGUGGGCGGCCAUCAAUAUGCCCGCCCUGACGAGCAAGCAUUAUCAUCUGGCGGUCUCCAACGACGGGCGACUGCUGGUCGUGUAUGAGCGUGAUGCAGGACACUCCUCAGCACAGUCGAGGAGAGGGGCACUCUACGUCUUUAGCUUGGGGUGCUGCAAGCCAAAUAAUCCACACUUUAGUAUGCCCUGGGAGAGCAGGGCCGAGGAUGCAAAUCCAAAUCCUCACACCGAAUCUGUCGUCGACAACGACAACGACGCCGUUUCACCGCUUCAGAUCCAACCCUGGUCCUUCCUGCUAGACAUUGUAGACGAGGACAUUGACGUCCUGCGCGUGGAACAUGUGGAACGGGGGAGCAGAACCGGAACGACGUACAAGUACAAGAUCACAGCCGAGAACGUGCACAGUAUUACGGAAUGGGAGUUGUGA